AUGGCCAAGUACGCAAAGGACCAACCUGCCGGCUUCGAGAACGCCAUCGAGCGCGUCGCCAUCAUCGGAGCUGGAGGCACCGUGGGAUUCCACAUCGCCACCGAGCUCCUUAAAACCGGCAAACACACAGUUACAGCCCUGACCCGGGCCGACAGCACCAACAAACUUCCUGAGGGGGUCCAAAUCGCCCACAUCAACUACAAUGAUGAAGCAAGCAUUGUCUCCGCCCUGAAGGGCCAACAAUUCCUCAUCAUCACCAUGUCCCCCACAGCGCCCCCGGACACCCACAGCAAGAUCGUCCAGGCAGCCGCCAAGGCCGGUAUUCCCUACGUCAUGCCGAAUGGGUACGGCGGGGACAUCGACAAGGUCAAGCUGGGCGAGGAGACCUUCCUAGGCCCUGUCUCCAAAGCCAACCGAGACCAGAUUGCCCAGCUCGGUAUGCAGUGGAUUACUGUGUGCUGUGGAUUUUGGUACGACUAUAGCUUGGCGGGCGGAGAAGUGCGCUUCGGGUUCGACUUUGACAAGCGGACUGUGACUUUCUACGAUGAUGGCACUACCAAGAACACGACGUCGACGUUGGCGCAGGUUGGGCGGGCCGUGGCGAAGGUGCUCAGUCUUAAGGAGCUUCCUGAGGAUGAGAGUGAUCAGAGUCUUACGUUGUCGUCGUUCCUGAAUAAGCCGUUCUACAUCAAGAGCUUCGAUGUCAACCAGAAGGAUAUGUUUGAGAGUGUCAAACGUGUUACUGGGACUACGGAUGCUAAUUGGACGAUUACUCAUGAGAGUAGUAAGAAGCGGUAUGAGGAGGGAUUGGCUCUGGUUAAGGGUGGUAACAUGGCUGGAUUUGCUAAGUUGCUGUACGCAAGAGCGUUUUACCCGGAAGAUCCGAGUGAUCACUUGGACAAGGUGCAGAAUAAGCUGCUUGGAUUGCCGGAGGAGAGCUUGGAUGAUGCUACCAAGGAUGCUAUCGAUUUGGUCAAGAAGCUGCAGGCUCGUGCUGAGCGCAUGGCGUCCUAA